AUGUUCCCUACCACAAGAGUUCAUGGCCGAGAUUCUAUCUCGACUGCCCUUAAAGACGGUAGCUCAAUCAAGAGCCGUUUGUCGGGCGUGGAACUUGUUUCACGGCGACCCGUCUCUCCUCGAUAUGCUCGAUUUCUGCAAAUUCUCUCUCAAUCGGACAUGGGUUUUUCUGCGUCAACCGAAUCCACACCUCCGUGUUCUUCAUCGAACUUUACGAUGAUGCCGCCGGCGAGGAAGAAGACAAUAAGGCCCCAAUUGUUCUCCUAUCCCGUCCAAAGAAUCUAUUUUCACAAUCCCUUGACAAAGACCUUCAAAUUGCUGCCAAAGAAUAGUCUGAUCAGUAAGGUGGAUUAUCGAGAUGAAUCAUACGAAUCCGUGUUUGGGUUUGGAUACAAUCCAUCCGCCCAGGACUAUACCGUGGUGAGUGUGGAUUAUGUGAAAAUUUCCAAACAGGAGGAGAAAACGAAUGCGUAUGUGUAUACUUUAAAGAGUAACACAUGGAAAAGGGCCAACAAUUUGCCGGUUCAUAGGUUUGGGACAAGAUUCCCGGGAGGGGUUUUGGCGGGUGGGAGGCUGCACAGGCACUGGUUGAGGGACGAUAAGUUGGGCAUUGUUUCGUUCGACUUGGCAGACAACUUUUUCGGGGAGGUCCUGAUGGAUUUGCCUACGAUAGUUAGAAACUCGAUCUAUAUGCUGUCUAGGCUGCACAUUGCAGUUUUAGGGGGAUGCCUGUCGCUUGUUGUGGAUGAAGGCUUCCAGAUUGUGAUUUGGGGUAUGAGAGUAUAUGGGGUGAAGGAGUCGUGGGAGAGUAUGUAUACUCUCGGAUGGUUGUUUUACGAGGAGUAUACUUUUGUCGAGGGCUCGAAUUCUAUUCGUGUGUUGGGUCUCAGGAAAAAUGGGGAUAUUCUUCUGGCAAUCGACUCUGUCGGAUUGGUUAGCUAUAAUCCCCGCCAUGGGGCGGUUGGGUUAGUGUUUAAAGGUGAUGGGUUUGAGGCUGCGGAAGAUUGUGUUCGUGUUAGUGAUCUUAUUACACCAAGCGCCUUGUGCUUUUGA